CUAGGAACAAGCCGAGCUCAAUCAUUUGCUCGACGCAGAGUCUGAUACCCAGGACCCAGCUCCUCAGUGUUCUUCUACUUCUUCCACUUUCUCCGCCUGUCUAUCAGUCCCUCAGUCUACCUAUCUGGCUGGCAACCCAGCACUACCUACCAACACCAAUAAACCAAGCCAACAACCCAUCCACUCACGGAACCACCCCCAGCCAGCCAUACCCAAAGGAAAACCCCAUCUCAAAGCCAUCCAUCUCAACCCAACCCACCACAAGCAAGCACCAUGAAAGCCACAACAACAACAACCCUCCUAAGCGCCCUCUUCCUCCUCACCAGCAGCGUUGCCGCGCUUCCAGCAGCUGCAGUUGCGCCCGCCGGCCCCGCCGUCCCCGCCACAGAAGCCGAGAUCGAGAGCAUGCGCGCGGGCGGCAUGUCCGAGGUGGGUGGCGUGCCGUGCUUCCUUUCCCCCCUUCUCCAAACCCCAUCCCACCCAACCAAAACCAAACACAAAACCAAAGCAAACGCACAAGCACAAGCUAACACCCCAAACAGCAAGCCCUCGCAGCCCUCUUCCCACACAGCAGCCCCUCGCUCUUGCCCCGCCACCAACGCACGCACACGCACACGCACUCCCUCUCGCACCUCCGCUUCCACCGCACCCCCAGCAGCAACAGCGCGGAUGAUUUCUUCUCCCUCGGCGGUCGAAGCAGCAGCAGCAAGGGCGACAUACCCCCCGGCAGCCUCCCGGCGCCUGCCUCGCCGCCUGCUACGCCGCUUAAGAAGCAGCAACUUCGUCGCCGCGACGAAGCAGCAGUCCGCGAGGGCACGGCGCAGGAACGAGCGCACAAGAGCGCGAUUUUUAGGGUUGUGGAGGCCGUGUUGGAUGGGGGGCUGGGUGUCCAGGCGUUGACUGCUGGGGCGGGGAAUGUUUAGGUUUUAGGGGG